GCACUCCAUCACUCCACUUCCUCUGCCCAUCUCCCUUUCUGUGUUUUUCCUCCCCGUGAAUCAUUCUAUUCGACUCUGAAUAACAAGGCAGCGAUCGGCUCUUCUAUGAACCAAACCGCCUGAUCUGUCACUCGGGUACCCGGAGCCGGUAAAGCAGCAUGUCCCGGAGGAAGCAGAGCAAACCCAGGCAAAUCAAACGGCCUCUUGAGGACGCCAUUGAAGAAGAUGAAGAAGAUUGUUUGUCUGAGGAAAAUGAUAUUGUUUCUAAAGAAGAUUUUCCUCUGGAGGAAAGCUUUACAUCAGAGUUUGAGCCAGAGAACAUGACCUGUGAGGAUGUAGAAUAUUUCUGUAACAAAGGAGAGGAAGAGGGCAGCCAUGACGCUGCAGAAUCAGAUGGUGAAACACAAUCGGAGAAAACAGCUAAAACCAGACCUGAUUCAAGUGGAUGGGAUGGACCAGGGGAGUUGAAAGUUUUCCAGAAAGACGGCGAACCCAAGAUUCAGAGCCGACAGCAGCUUCCUGUUGGAACGACAUGGGGUCCAUUUGCUGGCAAGAUGGAUCUGACUAAUGAUAGCAGCACUUUGAAGACAAAGGCUCCGGUCCCGCUGGUGUUGAACGAUGGUCCCAAGUGGUUGCUGGAUGUCACUUGGCAAGGCGUAGAGGACAAUAAAAACAACUGCAUUGUGUACAACAAAGGUGGACAACUGUGGUGUACGACUACUAAGUCUAUUGCUGAAGGGGAAGAGUUAAUUGCCUUUCUUGUGGAUUUUGACUCAAGGCUACAAGCUGCCACUCCGAUGUCUCUUACUGAUGGAAUGUAUCCUGCUCGCUUGCUGGACUCAAUACAGCUCCUGCCUCAACAGGCUGCCAUGGCUUCUAUUUUACCUACGGCCAUUGUCAAUAAAGAUAUAUUUCCCUGCAAAUCAUGUGGAAUUUGGUAUCGGAGCGAGCGGAACUUGCAAGCGCACCUAAUGUAUUACUGCAGCGGGAGACAAAGAGAAAACGCUCAAAUCUCCGAGGACACUGAAGAUAAUUCUCAACAAUUGUCCAGCGUGUGUCCCUUCCCGCAGUGCACAAAAAGUUUUUCUAACUCAAGAGCGCUAGAAAUGCACCUAAAUUCUCACAGCGGUGUCAAAGUGGAAGAGUUCCUGCCUUCUGGCACCAGUCUGAAAUGCACAGUAUGUAACUACACUGCAGAAUCGGUGAUUAACUUCCACAAACACCUGUUCUCCCAUCUCACGCAAGCUGCCUUUAGAUGCAAUCAGUGCCAUUUUGGCUUUCAAACUCAGAGGGAACUCCUACAACACCAGGAGGUUCAUGUCCCUGGAAGUAAGUUACAACGAGAAGCUGACACCGAACACUCUCCCAGUUGCAAUGAAGCAAAUGUACAACAGACGCCAGAUCUGUUGAAUAAAAAUGAACUCCUACAAAGCCAAAAAACUGUGCAUAACAAAGACGCGAGCUCCGACAGCGAGCUGGAAAAGUGUGAAAAGAAACCGCAUCUUUUCCUUUCCAAUCAGAGGCCAGAGACAACAAAUAAAAAUGUGUUCUCCUAUACUAAAAUAAAAUCUGAGCCAUCUAGCCCAAGGCUAGCGUCAUCCCCAGUGCAACCCAGUAUUGGUCCCUCAUUCCCAAUGGGACCCUUUCUAUCCCAGUUUGCAUUUCCACACGAUAUUUCAGUGGUUCCUCAGGCCUCAGAAAUUCUCGCGAAGAUGUCUGAACUUGUACAUCGGAGGCUGCGACAUGGCAGUAACAAUUAUCCCCCAGUUAUUUAUAGCCCCUUGAUGCCUAAAGGAGCCACUUGCUUUGAGUGCAAUAUAACAUUCAAUAACUUAGACAAUUACUUAGUCCAUAAAAAGCACUACUGCAGCAGCCGAUGGCAGCACAUGAACAAGUCAUCCGAAUUCUCCAGUGUUACCGAUAAGGCGUCGGAAGCCGUGAGUCCAACCAAUGUCCAGAAUCCAGUGACUAUGCUAAACAGUUCCCUACAUUCUUCUGACAAUGAUAAUCAGCUUCUUCAAACAUCCUGCAUCAACUCUGGCACCGUUCUAGACUUGUUAGGAGGGAAUGUUAAGCCACGGGACAAAGAGUUUGCACCAGAAAACAAAAAAAUGGCAGCUGUUGGGGCUAAUGAUGAGAAAGUCAAUAGCAAACCUGCUGAUAUGAAGAAUCCCACCCCACCGCAGCUUGAUGGAGAUAAUAGUGACCCGAACAAAACAACAUGUGAAGCAUGUAAUAUAACUUUCAGCAGGCAUGAAACGUUCAUGGUUCAUAAACAGUAUUACUGUGCAACCCGCCAUGAUCCUCCAUUAAAGAGAUCCGCUUCUAACAAAGUGCCUGCCAUGCAGAGAACUAUGCGUACUCGUAAGCGUAGAAAGAUGUAUGAGAUGUGUCUCCCAGAGCCUGAUCAGAGACCACAACUUGUUCAGCAACAUUUUCUUCCAAUAUCUAACCUUGGUAAUCCAUGUACAUCUGCGCAAGAGUCAGCAGAGGGAAUAGGAGAGUGUUAUCACCCCAGGUGCGAUAUCUUUCCAGGAGUUGUUCCAAAACAUUUGGAAACGUCGCUUCCAAUGACUAAAUGCGUUCCAGUUGUGAAGUGUGACACGCCACAUUCUACAAUUUCCUCCCUGGAGAUGGAUGCCCCCAUAGACCUCAGUAAAAAAUGCUUAACGCAAUCAGAUAGGAUAACCACGUCUCCGAAACGACUCCUGGACUAUCACGAAUGUACAGUGUGUAAAAUAGGUUUUAAUAAAGUCGAAAACUAUCUCGCCCACAAGCAAAAUUUUUGUCCAGUUACAGCAAAUCAGCGCACUGAAAUGGGCCACCUGGAAAAUAAAAUAUUUCAGAAUCCAGAAAGUGAACGAAGCAGUCCUGAAGUCAAUUUUGAACGAAAUGUCAUGAAAUGUGAAAAGACGAGAAAUUCAAAACAGCCCUCGCCAAAUGGGAACUUGUUUUCUACGCACUUAGCGACUCUUCAAGGUCUUAAAGUCUUUAGCGAAGCGGCCCAGCUUAUCGCUACAAAAGAAGAAAACAAAAACGCAUUUCUUUCGCAAUGCCUUUACCCAGGAGCAAUAAAAAAAGCUAAAGGCGACCAGCUUUCCCCAUACUAUGGAAUAAAGCCAAGUGAUUACAUUUCUGGUUCCGUUGUAAUCCACAAUGCGGAUUUAGAUCAAAGCACAAAUGUAGGAAGUGAAUCUCCCAAAAGUCAGAUACCUUCAAACGGCUGUUCUUUACUGAAAAAAGAAUCGCUCCCAUUGUUGCCGAAAAACCGCGGCAUUGUAAUAGUCAACGGCGGACUGAAACCAGACGAGAGGCCAGCGGUAAAUUCGCAACAAGAAAAUAUUUCCCAGAAUCCUCAGCAAGAAGACGGAUGCAAAUCCCCAUCUUGGGUUUCUGACAAGCCUUUGGCAGCCAAUGAAAAUGUUUCUCCGGCUACCCCCGCUACCGAGGACCAGCUGUCUAACGUAGCAAAAACCGUGAACGGCACGAGCGCGGCCGGAGCCAGCGGGAAGUACUGCCGCUUGUGUGACAUCCAGUUUAACAAUCUUUCAAACUUUAUCACUCACAAAAAGUUUUACUGCUCCUCACAUGCAGCAGAACAUGUCAAGUGAAACAUCGGGAGAAUUUUGGUUAACCCCGCGAAGUCUAUUGCCUCAUGCAGUGAGAGGAAGAAAAAAAAAAAAAUACGAUUUAAUGCUGCUUACGUUACAUCCGGACAAUCAGGAUAUCUAUUUGUUUGAAAUGACUUGAAGAUUUAAGGUGUUAUUCCAUAAUGGUCAUGCGUAAAAGUGUAUUAUUGGUGCCAUUUUUUCAGAAUAUUUAUUUUAUAAGCAGUGUUCAUGUUCAUACAUUUGCGCCCGGCACUGACUCUUUUAUGGGAACAAUUUGCAAACGGAAAUGUGUUUGUCACUUUUUGCCAGCACUGAGCUUGGUGCUGGACCCAACUGUAUCUGUGAUUGUUAUUUUUUAUUUAAAGAACUUUAUAUUAAAGUCAUUUGUAAUGUUAUUGUAUAGUUAUUGUGUAGCACAUAUGGUUUGCACCUGUAUAGUAGAUUUUAAAUAAUAUAGACGCAACAUUACUGAACAAAACGUAUUAGGAGAUACUUCAGAAGCACUUGUGUAAGCUGAAUUUUUCUUUUUUCCCCCUUUUUUUCUACACUGUUGCAAAAAAUCUAGACGUAUGUGCUAAAAUAUAACACGCAUAUAAGUAUUUUAAAUACAUAUGCUGUUAAAAUAAAAAAAAUAAAAAAAGGAAGAUGUAUUUGCGGCUUCUAAACAACUAUAUUUUAGCAAAUACGAGAGUUUAGUCAUUAGGCUUGGCAUUUGUAUGUUGCGGUCUGUUGCUGUUCACUUUCUCAAUCUGAAAACUGUAUGUUAAAUGAAGAUGAAAAAUUCAUUUUUUUUUUUCUUGUAGAGUAACUGUACUUUCUUUUGCUGAUGCAUCUCUGUCUGAAUUUUUAAAAAUCUUUGCUGUAAAAUGCAAUACUUUAUAACGAACGAACAAAAUUACCGGAAGCAGUAUUGUAAAGUUAUAAAAAUGAAGUCAGCCAGUUUUAUCGUUUGACAAAACCCAGUUAACCCUUACCACAAUGCUGCAAGUAUGAAUUGAAUUCAUAUGUAAUAUAUAUUUACAAUAAAUUUAAGUGUAGCAAUACUGCGACUGGUGAUCACCAAGAUAAUGUUCUACUUCUGAUAGAAAAGAUUUCUCAACAAAUGUUGUUACUAUGCAUGUAUAUGGAUGGAAUAAAAUUCCGGCUCAUUGGA